CAAAUCACAUUCACAAAUAAAAAAUCAAAAAUGUGUGAUUGUGUUGGUGUUAUCAUUUACAAUAUUUUCUCAGUUUUCAGUAUCUAAAUCAAAAUAAUAAAUAAUAAUAUGAAUGUUAAAAAUUUUCAUAUAUUUAACUGUGAUAGUAGAGUUAAACCAACGCCAUAAGACUUCUUUUCUUUAUUUAUAAAUAUUGGCACUUGUAAAGUACAAUUUACAGAAAAUAUAAUCAAAAUGAGUAAGAUAAAAUACAUCUUCGGUGUUUGGAUUUGUGUAACGGCUUUCAUGAGUGUAGUUUAUGGUGAAAAUGAUAUUUUUAAACCCACGAAUAGUAAAACUAUAGCUGACGACAUAUUUUUCUGGAAACUGCAAGCUUCAAGGUCAAAACGAACUACUGUACAAAAUGCUACCGUAACCGAAAAUACUUUAACAGGCCAGAAUGUUAACACGACUUCAACAACAAGUUCGUCUACCGAAAUCGCCAAUAUCGUGUAUGAAAUUGGACCCUCAAAUUCGUCCAUAUUAGCUGUAGUCCCAGUGAAUGUUUCGUCGUCGGCGGCCACGAAUACUUCUGAAGUUGGCCCUUCAGACGCCGCCCCGCUUCCUGGGAAGAGUUCGGCUGAAGAUGAACACAACAGCUCAAUGGCUAUAUUCUUUGUGCUUUGCAUAUUGGCACUGGGUAUACUCUUGAUACAUCUGAUGUUGCAGACAGGUUUCUCUUACCUACCAGAGAGUGUCGUUAUAGUAUUUCUCGGUGCAUUGAUAGGCAUGAUAAUAAAUCUCAUGUCAAUAAGAAAUAUAGCUAAUUGGAGGAAAGAGGAGGCUUUUUCACCGACUGCUUUCUUUCUUGUACUGCUGCCUCCCAUUAUUUUCGAAUCUGGCUAUAAUCUGCACAAAGGAAAUUUCUUUCAAAACAUUGGAUCUAUUCUUUUGUUUGCUAUAGUCGGGACGGCUAUAUCUGCAUUUGUGAUUGGUGCUGGUAUUUAUUUGUUAGGCCUAGCUCAGGUGGUUUAUAAGCUGAGUUUUGUUGAAUCAUUUGCCUUUGGUUCACUGAUUUCUGCUGUUGAUCCAGUAGCUACAGUGGCUAUUUUUCAUGCUCUUGAUGUGGACCCAGUUUUAAACAUGUUGGUGUUUGGAGAGAGUAUCCUCAAUGACGCUGUAGCCAUAGUUCUGACUACAGCAGUUUUAGACUCCAAUGAUCCUUUUAUGUCUACCACUGAAGCUAUUUUGUCAGCUAUAAAUCGUUUUUGGCUAAUGUUCUUUGCGUCAGCUGGUAUUGGGGUUCUCUUUGCUCUGAUAAGUGCACUUCUUUUGAAACAUGUUGACCUCCGGAAGAAUCCAUCUUUAGAGUUUGGCAUGAUGCUGGUGUUUACAUACGCUCCAUAUGUACUUGCUGAAGGAAUACAUUUAUCUGGUAUAAUGGCCAUAUUGUUCUGUGGAAUUGUGAUGUCGCACUACACACACUUCAACCUGUCCACUGUGACUCAAGUGACCAUGCAGCAAACUAUGAGGACCCUCGCGUUUAUAGCUGAGACUUGUGUCUUUGCUUAUUUGGGAUUAGCAAUAUUCAGUUUCCGGCAUCGUGUGGAGCCCGCAUUAGUAGUGUGGAGUAUAGUGCUGUGUCUGCUGGGGAGGGCUGCAAACAUUUUCCCUCUCGCCUUACUUUGCAAUAAGUUCCGAGAGCAUAAGAUUACUAAGAAAAUGAUGUUCAUCAUGUGGUUUAGUGGCUUACGAGGUGCAAUUUCUUACGCAUUAUCACUUCAUUUAGACUUCUCGGAGGAGACCCGACACGUGAUCAUUACUACCACACUUAUAAUAGUUCUGUUCACUACACUGUUCUUUGGAGGCUCUACAAUGCCCUUGUUGAAGUUUUUGAGGGCCAACAAAAAGGUGAAGCGCUCGAGGUCGCAACGCAAGCAGAAGGAAGUGAGCUUGUCCAAGACAAAGGAGUGGGGGCAGGCCAUCGACUCCGAACAUUUGUCGGAGAUCACUGAAGAGGAACUUGAGGUAAAUUACUCACAUGCAACGAGGAUCAAAGGUUUCGUGAGACUCGACAUGAAAUAUUUAACGCCAUUCUUCACAAGGAGAUUUACACAUCAGGAAUUGAAGGAUUGCAAGAGCCAAAUGACCGACCUCACGAACCAGUGGUACCAGGCCAUCCGCAUCUCCAACGAGCACGACACCGACGAGGACGAGAGCCUGCAGCCCAGCCCGCUGUCCAACUCGCAGGUCAGCCUGCAGAGAGGCGUAUAGACUGAUACCUUCACUGCAAACUAAAGGUUCUCUGGGAAAACUACCAAUGUCAUAUCAUAACUUCUAGAUCUACUAGGAAUCUGACCUUGCAAAUGCCUUGUUUUUGGGGGUGGACCACCCUUAUUGCUUCGGGAUAUGAAAAAUAAAUAACAACCUAUCCUCAGACCUACUGAAUA